AUGAAGCCCAAUACAGGGUUCCUGUCUCUUGCUGAAGAACUCCGGGUUUUCAUACUGAGCUUUCUUCCUUACCGAGAUAUCCUUCAUUGCACAUCUAUAUGUAAGGCCCUUCGCCAGACAUAUGUGUCCUCCUCCGAGCUUCAGUACAUCGUUGAACUCGGCGGCCAACAUUUGCUCCCUGUACCCAACACGGACAACCACACACCUAUUUCCGAGCGUCUACGACUCUUGAGGAACAAAGCUCACGCAUGGUUCAAGGCUGACCUCAACUCUUUCGAAUCAUUCCCUAUACCGUUUAAACGAUGCACUACGAGCGUAUCCGUCGCUAAUGGACAUGUCUCUUUGUGGGACGAAGACGACGAUACUGCCAGGAUCAUUCCGAUUCUUCCGAAGCCCCCACAACAAACAUUCCAGCGCUACUGGUCUCCAGGAACGUUGUGUUCAGUCCCCCACUCAACCAACAUCGAUGUGUUCAUGGACCCAGCACAAGAUCUGAUCGCCGUCGUGUAUAUUGUUGAUCACAAGACAACUCAUAUCGACCUUAAAACAUUGAGUGUCGAUGGUGUUCACCCCCGCGCUGCUGGACAAACAUUGUUUCUGUAUGGGCUGCCCGGACACGAUGACUCGGAAAUCCGCACAGUGGGCCUCAAGCUCAAAGGUUUUGGAAGGCAUAUUGCUUUGCAGCGCAGUUUGUCCGUUGAACAAGGGACUUCGUCAGACGACAUGUGGCAGUUACAGAUUUGGGACUGGCAACACUCAACGACAUCCAAUAGCGCCCUCAGCGGCUUAAUAGAUCCCGAAUACGGCACCAUAUUCGAUUUUUGUUUCCUCGGAAAUAAUAGGUUGCUCGCUUGGACCGACGAAUUGAGGAUCUAUUCCAUCGAGGAUAUGUCCCAGACGCCACAAUUGCUGGCGUGUUUCCUGGUGCCCAUCCCAAUGGAUGAAACACAUUUUUUCCUUCCGAUGGAUGAUAUUCAUCAGAUACAAGCCCAACAAUCUAUGUACACUUCUGACCCUGCACAUCGCAUACUAUGCAUUUUCGCGGCCCAUCCCCCUUCUCGUGUCAUCUUCAUUUCCACAAAAGUUUUCUUCGACCUUGACGGAAUAGCAGCAGCAACGCCAAUACCAUGGGAGGACUGGGGCCCCUCAAAUACCCGCAUUUUCGAUCAACCAGAUUUCUGCGGAAUUAACGUUUGUGGAAAUCGAGUUUUGAAGUCAUUUUGUGUCCUCGGGGAGUUUAAAUUACAUGUGAUGGAUUUCAGUCCACUAGCUGUGAUGAACAGGCGGGGUCUAGGACGAGUGGUGAAAGAGCCAUCUACGAUAAUACUCAGUCGCUACACUUUCAGGCCAGGGGACGCCUUGACGACAACAUUCCUGCCUUAUGUCGAGGUCGUAUUGGACAGAACCUUCCGGGGUUCCUCGCCUGACAUAUGGAUAGACGAAGAUAGAAUUUAUUUAUUCAAACUGGGAGCAAAACAGACCGUGAAAGGUACUAGCACGCUUGAGGUUAUCGACGUCUAG